AUGAGGCAGGCUAAUGGCAAGAGAUUCAGCUUUGCGUUCACAGAGAAGGCUGUGAAGUCUGGCUCCAUGCGGCUGGGGAAGGAUGCCAUCAUCUUCACCAAGACUGGAAGGGUUCUCAGCAUGGGGCAGCUUUCCCAGACCUCCAUGGACUGUGUCUGUGGUGAGACAGUGAUUAUCCCACUGGUGUAAUUCAACUAGCAAAAUGAGAAAAUGGUUGUUACAGAAGGCUCUGUGCCUAGCCUGGAGGCCAUCCUGGAGCAUACUGUCUUCAACACCAGGGAGGAGCUGCUGCCACAGUUCAGUGCCAUUCCAGGCAAAAAGGGCACGCAUAUCCUCAUUGGGAACAUUCGCAGAAAUAAAGAUGGGGAGCUGGAGCUGGAUUUUGAUACGGAUGAGCAUAUUCAGAUAGCGGACUUCCUUGCAGAUGAUGGGGAGAUUCCCAGCACAAAGGUUCUGCACUCUCAGAAGAUGGUUCCAGAGUUUCCUGGCCCAGAACUGGAGUACUCAUUACAGGCAUACUGCGGUAUCUUGUACCUAAAGCCUUGCAUGCAGAUUGUCCUGCAACAGAAGAAGGUGAACACUCAGCUGAUCACCAAGAGCCUGGCCAAUGUUGAAUAUGAUUUUUACAAGCCAAGAUUCAUCAUAUCCAAAAGGGUGAAGAUCACCUUUGGAUUCACCUGCAAGAACAAAAGCCACUAGGGGAUCAUGAUGUACCACAACAACCUGCUCAUCAGAUCCUAUGAGAACGUGGGCUGUCAAAGGAAGGGAGGUGGUGUAGGUGUGAUUGCUAUAAUUGAAUGCAACUUCCUGAAUCGAGCACACAACAAAGAGGAGUUUGAAGAAGGCAAAGAGUGCCAGUAAGAGAGACCUGUGCCCAAGGCUGCUGCUUGGAGAGGGUUUUGCUGUGAUACAACCUUUGUUCUGAGCACUGCACAUGUUCUUAGGUCUGUUUAUUGUGAAGUAGCCUCAGAUUGGCCUGUUUUUUCCUCCUCUAGUGCCCCUAGAGAGCAUGGAGAAUUUUGUCCUGAAAGUCUGGUGCAAACAUAUAGCCUUGGGCUGAGGAAAGGACACAUCCUCUGUGUUCCUUCAGCUCAUUCCCUCACAAGACUCCGGCCCUGAGCAGACUCCUCUGAAAUAAAAUGGAGCCUGUGUUCAUGUAUGCUUUAGCAGAGCCGCCCAAACUGAGAACACACCUAUGAAGCCAAAAGAAAAAGUUGAACGCUCACGUGGAGCUCCAGUUAAGGGGUACAGCAGAAGCAGGCAAUGUCCUCCCUUCAGGGACUAGCCCCUGCUCUCCUGGGGGUGCAGCACUCCACACUUUGGGAAAGGUUGUACUUGGGGAAAGAGACCUGUAGUCUGAAUGUUUUUGUGAUGAUAUUGGCCCAUUUUUUGCAGCUGUGGGGUGGGUGAUACAGAAGGGCUGUUAAGGUGCCAACCUAAAACCUUCAGUCACAGGUCUAAGUCAAGUUCUGGGGGAAGUGGUUUGUGUUUGCCCUGGUUGUUCCUUGUGCUGCCUGUUGCGCCAGUAGGAGUUGCCCAAAGUUAGCACCUUCUUACGGAGUUCUUCCUUCCAGACAGACAAUUGCUGUGCUGGGACAGAAACUCAACAGCUAUUGGAAAGUGAAGAUGGCACAGAUGAAUUUGGGAAAUGUGGAUGUAGCUUGCAUGAUAGCGUAGGAAUCAUUUUGCUGCUGCUCUGAUCUUUGCCAGCAUUAAAAGCCUGGGGGCUUUCCCUUGGCCAAGGUGAGGUGGCAGUGUACCACCACGAGGAGCAGAGGCUGCCGAGGGAUGACUGGACUCCUUCCUAUAGGGAAUUGAGAUUUGAACCUGUGGAAUUUGGCCUGGUGGUUACUGGGAGGGAUGCCACACCAUGGGCAGGGUGUCCCUGGGAGAGCAGAGACAUGUUGGCUGCCCUGGACCAUCCCAUGUGCUGUGCCAAAUGGGCUGGGAUUGGUUUGGGUCAGGUGACAGCACUUGUUCUGAACAGCCUUUUCUGGUGUUUACUCCAUGCUUGAAAUACUCAGACUGAGCAUUAGUUUUUGCAGAGAGAGACCAGACCAGACAUGGGUACAAUGUGAAGAGUGUCUGAAGUGGAGGAAGCUCCCUGACCAGGUUGACUCUACAUUGUUACCAGAAAGCUGGUUUUGUUGUCUCUAUCCCCUUCCCAGAUACAGGCAUGCUUGACUGGUCUUGUUGCAGAAGCUGUUUGACACCCUAGGAGCAGGAAUACAGUGAUGAGGAGAAGAGACCCAGAUAUAGACAGAAAUGCCAGAAGGGGUGAGUAUAUCCAGUUCCAGUUUGCAGCUCAGCUACCUGGAGCAAGGAUGGGGGAAAGAGAGGCAUUGGGUGUCCUGCAUACAGGAGAUGUCUGCUGCUUUUCUCUUGUUGACCUGUUGUUCUCCAGGUGAAAGAACGUUUUACCCCUCGGUAAGACAGCAAGGAGAAACCUGCUCUUUUUUUUCCCUUUUGUUGGUCUAGGGAGCUGGACGGAGAGAGGAAGAGGAGAUUGUUAUCAUCUGGGGAGAGUGUGGAACAGCAAGUGAGGCAGGAGGGAGAAGGCUGCAGGAGUCGGCACAGGGAAAGUCUCGAUGCUGGAGGGCUUGGCAGGUUCUCAGUCCUGCCUCACUGUUAUUCGUGUUUCCUCCUGUCAAGAGAGAUGCCAACAUGUGAAGGUGUCAGAGCAUCAUAUAAAAUGAGACUUUGAUUUUUAUUUGUGUACACCUUGGACGUGCUUAAAACUCUUAACAGUAACAGGGGUCAGGGCAGUUCCAGUCCCUGCGCUCAAUCUUACCCUGUACUGCCUAGUCCUAGUGUGUUCCUUCCUGGCUCUCCUGGCUAGAAGAGGAUGCAGGGAGCUGUAUGUUUCCUCUCUUGGGGUUGCAGCUCUGGUCCUGUGUGGCCUCUUUCCCCAUUUUCAGGUUAACUGGUUAUAUUAAAGACUCUGAUGUUUUGAAUUUUCAGGAGAAGUGUCUUUUGGACAUGGCUGCCCAGGAUGGGUUCUCCAGGGAGCUCUGUGACACUGCAGCAAGGAACUCUUCAUGGCAGUUGGUAUUUCAAAGACUGCUGCAAAUUGUGAAGCUCCCAUUUGGCUCUUCCAUUUUGGAAUGAAGGUGAGAUGAGGCAAGCAGUUCCAGUGCUGGCAUGACCUGUAGCGGAACUCGCUGGCACAGUGUGCCAGGGAGUUUUGUGAUCUGGGGAAACCUUGCGUUAACGGAGAGACCUACCAGGAGCUGGCAGCUCAUGCGAGAGCAGCUGAUGAGACCUGGGUGGUGCCAGGAGCAGCCAUGGCCAAGCCCCCACAGCUAUAAAGCAAACCCCUUCCCAGGUGCCAGGCCGGAGAGCGUGCCAUACUCUUAUACCAGUACUGGAUCGCUGCAGUGAGUACACCUGUGGGAGGUGCACCCCAGCAGAGGAACUCCUCAGCUUAGUGGCAGAGCUCCGGGAGGAGGUGAUUAGGUUGAGGAAUAUCUGGGAGUCUGAGAGAGAGAGAGAUUACUGGAACCGCACCCUACCUUUCCUGGGACAGGCCUGUCGGGCAGACAGGACACAUGAUCUGGAGGAUUCCCUAUCCUCUCUCCACCUGGCAGAAUGUGGUGACUUAAGGGACGGGGGGGAAUGGCAACAAGUUCCUGCCUCACGCAGCAGGCACAUUUCCUCCAUGACUACCCCACCUUCCCAGGUGCCCUUGCAUAAUAGGUAAGAGGCUCUGCAAGUGGAACCACAGUGAUGAGGAUGAUGGUCCAUCGAGGUUGGAGGUUUUGCCAAGGUCAAGUCGGCCUGUGCCCCAUAUCAAAAUUGCUUCCAUUAAGAAAAAAAGACAGGUUAUUGUCAUAGGAGACCCUCUUCUGAAGGUCCAAUAUGCUGACCAGUUAGUAAGGUCCCCUGGGAAUCUGCUUUUGAAUGUACUGGAGUCCAUGAAUGCUGGUCACUUUUUAAGAGCCAUCCUUUAAGAGCACAGAACCAGUCAAUUCAGAAGUGUUGGAAGUCAACAAAGUGGGGCAGAAGGCCGGCUUGAUGAGCAGGGAUCUUCUGCUAGAACUUAGGUGGAAAAGGAAGGUGUAUGGAAAUUGGAAGCAAGGACAGGCAAGACAGGAGGACUACAGAGAUGCUCUUCGCCAUUGUAGGGAGAAAAUUCAUGUGGCCAAAGCUUGAUUAGAGUUCAAGCUGGCCAGUACUGUGAAGGACAACAAAAAGGGUUUUUUAAAAAUAUGUUAACAGCAAAAGGAGGAUCAGAGAGAACAUUGGUCCGUUACUUGACAAGGUCAGUCACCCCACAAAUAGGGACGUAGACAAAGCAGAGACCUUUAAUGCCUUCUUCACCUCUGUCUUCAACUCCAUUGAUGGGCCCUGGGACCCCCAGAGUCCUGUGUUGGAAGACCAUGGCUGAGGAGAUAAUAAACUCGCAGCCAAACCUGAACUUGUUUGAGACUUACUGCUCCAGCUGGAUGCACAUAAGUCUAUGCGGCCCAAUGGGAUUCACCCUAGGGUACUGAAAGAACUGGAUGACGUCAUCAUGGGACCUCUUUCCAUUAUUUUUCAACCAUCUUGUGAGUCUGGAGAGGUCCCUGUCAACUGGAAGCUGGCAAAUGUUGUCCUAAUUUUCAAGAAGGGUAAGAAGGAAAACCCUGGUAAUUACAGGCCUGUCAGUCUUACUUCAGUGCCUGGUAAAAUUAUGGAGAGUUAUU